AUUUAUCAGUCUGAAUACAAAUAUUGUAGAAUAUGGACGCACUCUUGAAUGGAUCUAAAUUGCUAGGGCAUUGGCCAAGCAUAUUAGGAGGUCUUAUUAUCGGUCUAAUUAUUAAAUACUUUACAUUCUUGCGAACCAAAAAAUUACGGAGCUCAAAAAAAUUGCCAGUAGAUGGAAAAGAACAAAUACAAGGUCUUUCCAACAAGAGCAGUACUGAAUACAAAAAAAACUAUUGGAAACCAGCCUUAGCAGAAAAACCAUUCGUACCCUUUGUACCAGGAAAUGAUCUUAAUCCUAACGGAGCGCGACAUUUUUAUGAACUUGUACGUGGAAGACGUAGUAUUCGUACUUUCAAUGCACUAAAAAAGCCACCAAUUUCCACAAUCGAAAACUGCAUUCGUGCCGCAGGAACGGCGCCUAGUGGCGCACACACAGAGCCCUGGACAUUUUGUGUCGUGGAAGAUCCUUCAAUUAAGAGUGCCGUACGCGAGAUCGUUGAGCACGAGGAAUAUAUUAACUAUACCAAACGAAUGCAUGCACAGUGGGUUGCAGACUUACGGCCGUUGCAAACAAACGCAGUCAAGAAAUAUAUCACCGAUGCGCCGUAUUUGAUAAUAAUAUUGAAGCAAACACACGGUACCACUGAUGAUGGGCGAAAAAAACAACAUUAUUAUAAUGAAAUAUCAACUUCAAUUGCAACGGGAAUCCUAUUGUGUGCUCUACAGGCUGCCGGCCUGUGUUCCUUAGUUACAACACCAUUAAAUUGUGGCACAGCUUUGCGGCGUUUGCUUAAUCGACCAGACAACGAAAAGUUACUUAUAUUACUAGCAGUGGGUUAUGCAGUAAAAAACUGUGAAGUGCCCGAUCUUGUGCGCAAGCCAUUAGACGAUAUAAUGAUAAAAUAUUAAAAAUUCUACUGACUAAAAAUUUUCAGUUGCAAAUAUGUUUAUAUUGCGAACAAAAAUAACGGUAUAAUGCGCUCAAUCAAUUAGUGGUAAGCAAAUACGAUAUGGGUGGCCUGACGUAGAUUCAAAUUGCCAAUGGUUUUGGAACCCUUCGUCCUGCAACAAACUUACACAAUUUUUUUCUUCUAGAAAAAUAUCAGUAUAUUCAAGUAUAAAAUUAAAAUAAAGUAAUGAAAGUUAUCCUCGCUCCUUCAACUGC